AAAAAGAGAGAGGUGGAAAAAAGAAACAAGUGUUCGAGGCGUUCGUGGAAACAGGAAGCAAAGAGGGGGGAAGCCGAGCAGAUUGUUGUUGUUGUUGUGAAAAAGAAACUUCGGAGGGGAGAGCUCUGAUUUUCACUAGCCCGUUAUUUUGAGCUUUUUAACUGUCGGUGCUGUCGGCUGAAGCGCGAGGACUUUCCGUCCGUUGCUUGGACACCAAUGGAGGAGGGAAGCUCGCGGACUAACGGCUACCUGAUCAGGGGUCUCGGGUUUAUUUGCCCUCCCUGACCGUCCAUCACACUGGAACUAACCCCUCAUGACUGUUACCGUGUUCCUAUAAAGCCAGCGCGUCACAUUGCACCUUUUAAGCAAAGCCCUGGUGGAUUUUACCAGAGUAUUUUUACGUUUGAAGAAGUCUUCAGUCCAUCUGACAGGAACGGUGCACGCGCAGCUAACGCGAGCUAGCGACUUAGCUGCUAAUGUCAACUAACAUGGAGGGAGAGGUGCAUGUGUUACAUAACAGCCAAACGCAAUUAAAUCGCCGACUUUUGACACCCAGCAAGCACAGUUAUGGACGUGAAUUAAUCUCCAAAGAAUAAGACAGGCCAUAGACCGAUUUAUUUGGGAGUGAUGGAGUCGAACCCGCUGAUCAGCGCGAUGGAUCCGUCCAUUACAUUGUGGCAGUUCCUGCUUCACCUCCUGGAUGAUCAGAAUCAGAAGCACUUGAUAUCCUGGACUUCUGGAGACGGAGAAUUCAAACUGUUGGACGCUGAGGAGGUGGCCAGACUCUGGGGUCUUCGCAAGAACAAAACCAACAUGAACUAUGAUAAACUAAGCAGGGCACUUCGUUACUACUAUGAUAAGAACAUUAUUAAGAAAGUUAGCGGCCAGAAGUUUGUCUACAAGUUUGUAACCUAUCCAGACCCAAACUCCUCUGAUGGACUGAAGGGGCCUGAGGAUUCCCAGAGGGCCUCUACGGGGGAGAAACUGGAGCUGUCCAUUCAGACCAAACCUAUGGGUGGUGCUGCCGCCGCCAACCAAUGUCUCACCAAGAGCCUGCAGGUUCAGCGCUCCUCCCCAAGCUCAGUGCAACGCAGCUCCCGCAAUGAUUACAUGAAGUCUGGUCUCUACUCCACUUUCACUAUUCAGUCCCUGCAGACGCCCUGCAAAGGCAAUUCCAAAGUCAUCAAAACAGAGCAUGUCUUAAAUGACAGCAAUCCUAAACCUGCAUCUCUGGACCGCACCAUGCAUGAGAUGCGAGUGUGUCAGACAGAAGGACAGCAGGGAAGUGUUCAGGCGCAGUCGACUGUGGAGAGCAGCAGUCUGCAGGUGAUAGUCACCCAGCCUUCACCAUGUGCUACACCAGCCCUCAGCCCCCAGACACCCUCUGGCUCUGCCACUGCAAUCACGAAUAAUCAAGCACAGAAGAGCCAGAGUUUGGGAGACCCACCACAGAUCUACCUGUCGGAUCCCAGUUCUCUGACCUCGCUCAUUCCUCUGCCUCCCGGAGAAUGUGUUGUCAACCCCUCUCAGCAUGUGUUUGUGGUCAUAAAGCCUCCCUCUGUCGGGCAGUCCAAAGAGUCCAGCCUUUCAGCAGAGGAAGACUUGCUGGAGAUCGUCAGUCUGGAGGACAAAGCAGAUGUUGAGCCGGUGUCCGCAGUGCCUGUUCCUGGAGUUACAGAUGCCCCAGUCCCUGUGGAUGCUACAUCACCUUGCGUGGAGCCAGUGGCCCUGCCGGUUGGAGAAGGAGAAGUAAAAGAGAAACCUGAGCUACCUGAGGACACCAAUACUGCAUCAGCCUCCCUCCAGGCGAGCACGCAGGACGUCCAGCCUCCUAAAUCAAAGAAGCCACGUGUGCUGGAGCUGCCAUCCUCGUCUACACUGUUGCCCCCUGGACUCUCACUGGAUAAGGUCAAUGCAGCGGUGAACAGCCUGCUGGCCUCUGGCAGUGCCACAAACACCUUAACACCCACAGUCAUUACCUCACAUUCCCUGACUCCAGUGCUGCUGACACCGAGUCCGCUGCCAUCAACCAUUCACUUCUGGAGCACGCUCAGUCCUAUCGCUCCACGCAGCCCUGCCAAGCUCUCUUUCCAGUUCCCCUCCAACGGAAGCAAUCAGAUCCAGAUCCCAGCACUGAGCGUGGACGGCCUUUCCACACCUGUCGUUCUCUCCCCUGGACCACAGAAACCAUAACUCGCUUUUUAAAUUCCUUCUCUCCUGCCAUGGUGAUUGGCUCCCUCCCCAGCUAAUGAGCAGCUGAAGAUGGCCAAUGAAAGACGGGACACUCCAUAAGUUCAGCUGUGAGUUGGGCGGAGCCUCUGCUCCCGUGACGACUCGACGACAGGAGUGUGCUCUCAGCCGGCAUGAUUGGUUGACGGAGCAGCCCGGUCCUGGGCUCCAUGGUGGCAUUUCAUAGGCUAUUUGCUCUUGAUUUUCCCUUUACCUUUUAUAUGGUCAUCAACGGUUAUUUAUUUAUUUUUUGGUGCAUUUCUAGAUGCACUUUCCUGAAUUUUCAUCAUGAGAUUGUGAAUUUGGAACACUGAGGUCUCACUUUAUUUUGAUUUCUCAACAUUAUGAGCUAAGGACCAGACGAGGUAACCUUCGAGUUAAUUGAGGCAUGAAAUGCCAUUUCCUUUACAGACAGAGUAUUGCUUUCUUAAAAAAAACAUCUUUAUUUUGUGAAAACAGAAAGCAUGCGUUUGAAAUCCAACAGAGUAAAACGCAAGGUUGUUUCAUUUUUUGGCAUUACAGACACACAAAUCAGUUUUUAAAGGAUGUGAUACACUGUUGUUUUAAACAUUUUGUGUUUUUCCAUGGACAAAGGAGAAUGCCAGAGGAAUGUUGGCCAUUCCUGCAAUUUCAAGAGGCGGAACCAAGGAGAAAAAAGAGAUUCUGAAUGAUACCAAGAUCUGCAAUGUAUCAGUCUUUUUCUUCUACGACGUCAUUCCUUUAUUUCAAAACUUUCAUCUUGUAAAUAUGUUACACCCAUUCCAAGAUCUGACAGAUUCAAUUAUUUGUUCUUGCUUUCCUGUUUUUGUUAAUAAUUCUUUCAAGAAUCCCUUUCUCUGGCAGCAUCAACAAAACAGGCGAAGUGUCACACUGAAGCUUUGCAUUUUUUUAAAGAAAACGUCAGAGGAGACCAAAGACAACUGUUUAUAUUCAAUACAUCUAGCAUCUCUGUCUCUCUCUCUCCCCCCCUCUUAUGUCUCUUUCUCUCCCUGUCAUUUUAUUUUUACUCUGCUGCAUCAAAGGGCUAUAAGAACCCCCACACAACCAAAACGCUCACAUCUGACACUGUAUAUAUUACUGAUACAUCCGACUCGCCAGCUAUGAGUGUAAAACUCUGUAAGUGUUGUAAUUAGUCAAAGUGGUUAAUGGCAGAACGGGAGGUAUGUAGCUUCAGCUGCUUUUGAUAUCGUUUGUAGUUUUGCGCGGCCUGCCUCUUAUGCUAUGUUCGUCUGAUGUGUUAAAAUCGCACUCACGGUUGUUACCUCAAAGCUGUCAACAGCUUGAUGCGUGAAAGCAGACACUCAAAUACGCAGAGACUCUUUCCUACUGACAAACAAAGCCAACGAUUAUAUGCAUAUCCCGUGCUUAUCGUUUGUGUAAGAAUCAUGUUGGGAAAUGAUGGUGGUUAUAUAUAGCGAAAGGUAUUUAUGGAUGGUGAUUGCCUAUAAAACAUGCAACAUUUUUUCAGCAUUUAUCAUUUGAAUCAGAUCAGAGUUUGCCGAACUUAAAACAAUACAUCUAUAUUUUCAAUUUGAAGAACAUAUGGGCGGUCGGUGACUUUCACUACAUUUAAGUUGAAGCUUUUUUGUGUCGAUUUCUGUAUUUUGAUAUCUGCGUAAUUGUAAUGAACUUGGGAGGAUUUGCUCGUAGCAUGCUGCAAUUGCUUACGCGUGUCACCUCUCGGAUUGUCCUCUCCUGCAUUUUCUGCACCUCAUGGCUGAUUUGUUACGUCUUGUUACGCCAACUCUUUUAAUCUCAGUGAAUGACUGUUUGUCUCUGAGAGAAGUCGCUUUUGAGAGAAGCUUUCGUUGGGCUCUGAUAUGUACAGAUGAUGUCACGGACGCCCACAAGUCGACACAUUGAAUGUUUUUUAGAGGGGCGUUUUGGGAUUUGCCCCACCCCCCGAUUUGCUAAGCUCAGUGACCUGAUGGAAGCUUAACCCAGAUCAAAUUCACAAACCAAAUUGAUUGAUUUUCGCCGGUGAGUUACUUGUGGUUUUUCCACCAUGCAUUUGCAAAAUAACAAGUCUGCAAUAUCAAAGAGCUCACUGUGAUUUCUGAAUUUAUCGACUUGCAAGUAAUGCAUUCCCUGUUCUCCAUCUUUAAUACGGUGUGGUAGCUCUGCCGUCUCGUCAAGUUUUCUCUCUGGAUCGUUUGUGCCUCUGAAUGUCUGUGCGGCUUUUGCUCUGUAAUGCACUGCGAAUGCAUUUGAAUCGCUGAUGUCUUUGAGCGAAACUCCUCCUCUUUCCCCCUGCCAUGAUGCUGCUGUUAUCUUUACUGUACUGAUCAAUACGGUGAAAGCAUACUGCACACUCUUCCCCGAAUCAAACUAUUACAUACUGAUGACUUCAUGUAUCCCCAGAUGGGUUGUUUACAAACUAGCAAGCUCAAAGGACAGAAAUAGUGAGCCAUAUCUAUUAAGAACUGUUUCUGUUUUACAAAUAUUGAGGUAAAUGAUUAGCGUUAGUGUUAUAUUAAAGAGCUUUUUGUCAUGUUGAUGAAAUCGCUGCCCCCUUUUACACAAUCAAUCUAAUGCUGCACGUCUCUGGACCUACAAAAGACUGUUUGGGUAUCCCGAUACCACAAUUAAUAGGCCUUAAAGUUGGAUAUGAGCUUGUCCAGUGAUAGACUAUUUUGGUAUUCAUAGCUACGGAAUACAUUAUUUAUUUUCUAAAUUCAUCCCAGAAUAUGGUAUAUUAAUGAGGAGAAAUAUUUAUUGAGCUGAAAACAAGACUGAAUACUAUUUUUGAAAGUUUUCCCCAAUCUUAAUUCCUUGUUAGACUCAAAAUUGUGGAGAAAUUGUAUUUGUGCAAGUUUUAAUUGUGCAGAUUUUGAAAAAAAAACAAUUGUAAAUGAUUGUUGGUCGGUGUAAGUGUUCUAGUCACUGAAUCCUUUAUGCAAAUGAAGAUGUGUUACAUAAAAAAGCCAUUUAUUGAAUAAUUGAUUAGACCGUAGAGAUGUUGGCCGGGACGGUUUUUCUCCUUUGUGGAGGAGUUUCUAAAUAGAGUCUCUAUACCAGCAAAGAUUUCGUACCAUGUACAAUUUUUCCAUUGUAAGACAGUCAAUCAUAUCACUAUUUCUCAUAGAGAGAACCUGUUUAAUGCUCGUUUUACCUACACUACCUGACAAAAGUCUUGUUGUCGAUCCCAGAUGUAAGAGCAACAAUAAUAACUUGACUUCUAGUUGAUCAAAAGUGGCAAACGGUAGAUUUUUCUGAUGAACCAUCUGUUGAACUGCAUCCCAAUCAUCACAAAUACUGCAGCAGACCUAUUGGAACCCACAUGGACUCAAGAAUCUCUUAGAAAUCAGUCAAGUUUGGUGAAGGAAAAAUCAUGGUUUGGGGUUACAGUCAGUAUGGGGGCGACAUCAACAUCAACAGCUUGAGGUAUCAAGACAUUUGUGUUUCUCAUUAGAUUACAAACCACAGGAGAGGACAAAUUCUUCAGCAGGAUAGCGCUCCUUCUCAUACUUCAGCCUCCACAUUAAAGUUCCUGGAAGCAAAGAAGGUCAAGGUGCUCCAGGAUUGGCCAGCCCAGUCACCAGAGAUGAACAUUAUUGAGUACGUCUGGAGUAAGAUGGAGGAGGCAUUGAAGAUGAAUCCAAAGAAUGUUGAUGAUCUCUGGGAGUCCUACAAGAAUGCUUUCUUUGCCAUUCCAGAUGUCUUUAUUAAUAAGUGAUUUGAGUCAUUGCAGAGAUGUAUGGAUGCAGUCCUCCAAGCUCAUGGGAGUCAGACACAAUAUUCAUUCUUUUUCCACUGCAGCAUGACUUUAUAUUCUAUACUGUACAUCGUUUCUGUUAAGUGACAAGACUUUUGUCUAAACAAAGUCAGGCCUUACUGUCCUAAUUAGAUAAUUAAAAAUCAAGGCAUGAUCAUAUUGUAUUUUGGUAAAAUAAGCAUAAUCCAGAGGCUUUUGCCUUUCAUAUUAGCCACUUCUGAUACCAAGUGAUCAACUAGAAGUCAAGUUAUUAUUUGUUGUUCCUAAAACUUGAAUAAGCGACCAGACUUUUGUCAAGUAGUGUACUUAUGAAGUCACAAAUCCAUGCACCAAAUUGGAGAUGAUGGAGUUGAUAUUAAUUGUGGCUCAAAACUGUUAAGACGUUUGCCUCGUUUUGCUUUUCAAGUUACUGAAUUUGAACAUCUGCAGUUGUCAGAUGCUGUAAUAAGUCUUUUCACUUGUUUUCUUUUCCUCUUUGAAAUGUUAUGUGGGAUCUGUUAACGUAUUGUAUGAUUCUAUAUUCAAUAACGUGUUGGAAUAUUUUGCGCUACGCAUUUAUUUGUGUAAAAAAAAAAUCUAAAAAGUCAGCUACUUGUGUGAAGGAGGAGUAUGUGGACUCUUGGACUGUUGGGAAGCUGAUCUCUGAGCUCCCUUUCCCGGAUGAGAAUCACUCUCUGGGAGUUUAUUUCCUAAAGGGACGGAGAGGCUUUUAUUUUUCUGAACUGUCUAAAUACUAUAUUAUAUGUACUGGAAAGAGACAAAACUAUUUUUCAUCUGCACAUUAUACUUGGUUUGUGUAUGUGAUGGAUAUUAAUCUUGUUUUCUAAAGAGAAAAGAGACUCGGAACUAAUAUGGAAGUGAAUAAAAGGCUAUUUUGUUCUUUA